CCUCGUUGAGUUUACACCAAAACUGAAAAGUCAAAUUUGAAGUGGAAUGAAGUUUUUUGGCUUUUGUUUGGUGAUUGUUAGCCUGGUGUUUGUACACGAAGGCCAACCAUAUCCGUCAAAAUCAAUCGUUCUGCGUCCCCCUGACACUAAAAAUGUUCGAACCUACUUUGUGGCACUGGCGAACAUGCUGAAUGAAAUUUAUGGAAAGGUAAAAGGAUUUGUGAGACCAUCUAAAGGUUACAAAGUGUUCAAGAACUGUGCCGAUCUCUAUAAACACGGGAUCAAACAAAGUGGCGUAUACUCCAUCGAUCCAGAUGGCAAAGGAAGAUUCAAGGUUUACUGCGACCAAAAGACCGAUGGCGGAGGCUGGACAGUUAUCCAGAAAAGACAAGACGGUUCGGUGAACUUUUACCGAGGAUGGAUGUACUAUAAGAAUGGAUUUGGAGAUCUGAAAGGCGAGUUCUGGUUGGGUCUCGAUAAGAUCAACAGACUGACCCAUCAAAGAAGAAACCGUCUUCGUGUUGACCUGGAGGAUACCAAAGGAAAGACCGCGUAUGCCGAGUACGACAACUUUGCUGUGGCCAGUGAACGAGCCAAGUACAAGCUGAGUCUUGGAACUUACUCAGGUAUUCAUAAGCUGAUUAAAGUGUAA